ACGUAUGCGCUGUCCCGCAAUCCCGUUUGUAAACGUUAACAAUACUGGAAUGUAACAGCCGCGUUUUAUAUAGUUCUCGUCUUGUUAUCUUGUUAUCAUGUACGAUUUAUGGCAGUCAAGCUUCACUUUGCAGCGACAAAGUUAUAUAAAUUACAAUAUGUGCAUUCUCAUUUCGAGUCGUCCGAUUUCUUUGUUACCGCUCGACCUUGGAAUUCACGCGAAAGACGCGUACUUCUUUAAGAUAACUUUCACCAUAGAGAGAAACUUACAACUACGAGCCGUAAUCUAUCGAUGACCGCUGUGUAAUGUUAUUGGGUGCGGUCCGGUCGAUGCUUUAUAAGGUUUAAUCUUUUAAAACGUUAUCAAUCACAUCGUGACGUGGAUAGAACGCAAUGAAGUACGUUUCAAUUGUCCUUACGAACGCCCACAUUCGUGACGUCGCGAUCGCUUGACUUCAUUGGCAUGAAUGUAGCAGAGGAUUGAAACGAUUAUUUAACUAUACUAUAGAUUUAUACGUGUAUAUAGAUUACGUAUUUUUGUGAGAGUGACGACAAGAUCGAAGGAUAAUUAGAAUAUAUAUUUUCCACCGUGCACACGCAUGCUGUUCUCGUCGCGCAAAAGCAAAAAGGAGCUCGAAAGGAGCAGCGAUUUGUGGAAGAUAGAAUCACAUUGUGUUAUGCCGACUGAAAAUGAUAGGAAAGGAAAAAAAAUUAUUAACACGAACUUCAUCAACUGCUGACACUGUUGAAGCAAGAAUGCAGGGAGAGAGGCCUCCUCCGCGGAUGGUUUUGGGAGAACACGGAGUACCGAAUACUUUCGAGUUUAUGGGCUACGUACGCAACGAAGCGGCUAAAAAUGCGCCGCCACUGGAGAAAUUUAAAAAGACACUGAAGAUAAAAGUAAUCGAAGACAAGGAUAAUGUGUUGGAAUUUGAUAUGAUCGGUUGUUCCGCCACACUGGUCAAUGCGUUUCGUAGGAUACUUUUGAGCGAAGUACCGAGUAUGGCAAUCGAGAAGAUUUACAUUAUAAAUAACACCAGCGUGAUCCAAGACGAAGUACUUGCACACAGGUUGGGCCUUAUACCUCUGCGGGCGGAUCCUCGGUUAUUUGAAUACACGUCGAGUCACGCCAGGAAGGACGAUGAAGUCAGUGACGAAGAUACUCUGCGAUACGAGUUAAAAGUCAUAUGCACGAAGAAUCCGCAGAAGUCGCAGGAGUCGUAUUUACCCGAGGAAACUUACAAGAACAGCAAUGUUUACAGUAGAGACAUCAAGUGGGUGCCCAUCGGCCGGCAAGCGGAGAUAUUCCCGAACGGAGCGGAGCAGCUGCGCGUGUUGGAGGACGACAUAUUGAUAUGUAAAAUGCGUCCCGGCCACGAGAUUCAUGCGUAUAUGCACGCGGUUAAGGGCAUCAGCAAGGACCACGCGAAAUUUUCUCCCGUGUCCAUAGCGACGUAUCGUCUCUUACCGCACAUCGAGCUGCUCAAACCUGUGACGGGUGAGAACGCGGAUCUUUUGAAAAGAUGCUUCAGCCCGGGCGUGAUAGAAAUAAUGGAGGAGGAAACCUCCUCGGGCGAGCGCGAAGCACGCGUGAAGAGCGCUCGAUACGACUACUGCUCCAGGAAUGUCUUUCGCUACCCUGAGCUUAAGGACUGUGUGAAGUUAACUCGGAUACCGGAUCAUUUCAUUUUCACUGUGGAAACUCUGGGUGCACUACCAUCCACUGUGUUGUUCAAAGAAGCCGUUAAAAUACUCAAGACCAAAUGCAUGACGUUCGUCGACGAGCUGCAGAGUUUAGGAAAAUAAACGUAAUAUAAAUCCUUGUAAAGAGAGAGAGAGAUAUAUAUAUAUAUAUACAUAUAUAUAUAUAUAUAUAUAUAAAUUU